CGUUGCGCGGCGGCGGAGCGGAGCCGGACCGGACCCGGGAGCGGCACAGGCAGCGGGACCGGCCGGCUCGUCCCGUCGCCGUGUCGCGAUGGCCGGAGCGCCGCCGGCAGCGGGGUCCCGGUGCGGGGCUGCGGGGCCGGCCCAGCAGCCCUACGCGUGCCGGGAGUGCGGGAAGUCGUUCCGGUGGUCGUCGCGCCUGGCCCAUCACCAGCGCAGCCACACGGGCGAGCGGCCCUACAAGUGCCCCGAGUGCCCCAAAGCCUUCAAGGGCUCCUCCGCCCUCCUGUACCACCAGCGCGGGCACACGGGCGAGCGGCCCUACGCCUGCCCCCAGUGCCCCAAGGCCUUCAAGCGCUCCUCGCUGCUCCAGACCCACCAGCGGGUCCACACGGGGCUACGAGCCUUCGAGUGCGCCCAGUGCGGGCUCACCUUCAAGUGGGCAUCCCACUACCAGUACCACCUGCGGCAGCACACGGGCGAGCGGCCCUACCGCUGCCCCGACUGCCCCAAGGCCUUCAAGAACUCGUCCAGCCUCCGGCGGCACCGGCAGCUCCACACGGGCGAGCGGCCCCACGCCUGCCCCGUCUGCGGCAAGGCCUUUGCCCAGACCUCCAACCUGCGGCAGCACCAGCGGGUGCACACGGGCGAGCGGCCCUACGCCUGCCCCCAGUGCCCCAAGACCUUCACCCACUCCUCCAACCUCCUGCUCCACCGCAGAACCCACUCCAGCGCCCGGCCCCACCAGUGCCCGACCUGCCCCAAGGUCCUCGUGUCCGAUUCCUGCCUCCAGAAGCACCUCCAGAGCCACACCGGCCAUGCUGCCGCCCCACCGCUGCUCCCGGCACCCGCUGCCGCACCGGAGACGCUCUGGAGAUGCUCCUCCUGCCCGCUGAGCCUCAGCACCGAGGAGGAGCUCCUGGGCCACCAAGGGGUCCACUCGGUGACAGCGGUGGCCCCGGCCACCCCGCACCGCUGCCCGACCUGCGGCAAGACCUUCAAGAACAGCUCGGGGCUGGCGCGGCACCGGCACGGCCACGCUGCCGACCGGCCCUUCAAGUGCUCCGUGUGCCCCAAGACCUUCACCCAGUUGGCUGGGCUGUUGGGCCACCAACGCAGCCACCCCAUUGCUGUCCCACCGCGUGUCCCCAGCGAGGUUCCUCACCCCCAGCCCGCCCCAGAGCGCCCGUACCAGUGCACCGAGUGCGGCAAAGCCUUCAAGGGCUCCUCGGGGCUGCGCUACCACAUGCGGGACCACACGGGCGAGCGGCCCUACGCCUGCCCCCAGUGCCCCAAGGCCUUCAAGCGCUCCUCGCUGCUCCAGAUCCACCAGCGGGUCCACACGGGGCUACGAGCCUUCGAGUGCGCCCAGUGCGGGCUCACCUUCAAGUGGGCGUCCCACUACCAGUACCACCUGCGGCAGCACACGGGCGAGCGGCCCUACCGCUGCCCCGACUGCCCCAAGGCCUUCAAGAACUCGUCCAGCCUCCGGCGGCACCGGCAGCUCCACACGGGCGAGCGGCCCCACGCCUGCCCCGUCUGCGGCAAAGCCUUCGCCCAGACCUCCAACCUGCGGCAGCACCAGCGGGUGCACACGGGCGAGCGGCCCUACGCCUGCCCCCAGUGCCCCAAGACCUUCACCCACUCCUCCAACCUCCAGCUCCACCGCAGAACCCACUCCAGCGCCCGGCCCCACCGCUGUCCCCUCUGCCCCAAGACCUUCGUCAUGGCCUCCUACCUGCAGCGUCACCUCCGCACCCACAGCCCCGGCACCCCCCGGGGCACCCCGGCGCCGCGCGGUGAAGCUCAGACCUUCCUGCUGCUGCAGACCCCGCAGGGCCUCCAGCUCGUCCCCAGCCCCACGGCUCCGCCACGGAAGCUGCUCCUGCUGCCCAGCCCCACGGCUGAGCCCCCCGGCAUCACCCUCGUGCCCACCGAGGGUCCCCCAUCGCGGGUGGCCAAAGGUCCCACCGCUGCCGGGCAGAGCGUCCUGGUGGUGCCCGGUGUGGGGCAGGCACUGCCCGGGGUCCAGCUCCAGGCGGUGGCCGGGGCUCCGGUGGGGACCAACGUCAUCGUCCUGAGGGGUGGCAUCAGUGGUGGGCUCCCACCACGGGGGAUGCAGCCCCCCGAGGUCACCAGUGUCCAGCUGCAGGCGGCCGAGGUGGCCAAUGUCCAGCUCCAAGCCCUGCCACAACCCUUGGAGGUCACCAGCAUCCAGCUUCAAGCCACCGAGGUGGCCAACGUCCAGCUCCAAGGCACGGAGGUGACAAGCGUCCAGCUCCAAGCCCUGCCGCAGCCUUUGGAUGUCGCCAACAUCCAGCUCCAAGCUGCUGAGGUGGCCAACGUCCAGCUCCAAGCCCUGCCACAACCCGCCAAGGUGGCCAACAUCCAGCUCCAAGCAUCGGAGGUGGCCAACGUCCAGCUCCAAGGCGUGGAGGUGCCCAGUGUCCAUCUCCAGGAUGCAGAGGUGGCCAGUGUCCAGCUGCAAGGCGCCGAGGUGCCCAGUGUCCAUCUCCAGACCACGGAGAUGCCCGAUGUCCAUCUGGAAGACACUGAGGUGCCCGGUGUCCAGCACCAGGUGAUGGAGGUGCCCAACAUCCAACUGAAGACAAUAGAGGUGCCCAAUGUCCAGCUCAAGCCCAUGGAGGUGCCCAACAUCCAACUCAAGCCCGUGGAGGUGCCCAACGUCCAACUCAAGCCCAUGGAGGUGCCCAACAUCCAACUGAAGACCAUGGAGGUGCCCAACAUCCAAUUGAAGCCCAUGGAGGUGCCCAACGUCCAACUCAAGCCCAUGGAGGUGCCCAACAUCCAACUGAAGACCAUGGAGGUGCCCAACAUCCAAUUGAAGCCCAUGGAGGUGCCCAACGUCCAACUGAAGACCCUGGAGAUGCCCAACAUCCAACUCAAGCCCAUGGAGGUGCCCAACAUCCAACUCAAGCCCAUGGAGGUGCCCAAUGUCCAACUCAAGCCCAUGGAGGUACCCAACAUCCAACUAAAGACCAUGGAGGUGCCCAAUGUCCAACUCAAGACCCUGGAGAUGCCCAACAUCCAAGUAAAGACCUUGGAGGUGCCCAACAUCCAACUCAAACCCGUGGAGGUGCCCAAUGUCCAACUCAAGACCAUGGAGGUGCCCAACGUCCAAGUAAAGACCUUGGAGGUGCCCAACGUCCAGCUCAAGCCCAUAGAGGUGUCCAACGUCCAACUCAAGACCCUGGAGAUGCCCAACGUCCAACUCAAGACCAUGGAGGUGCCCAACAUCCAGCUCAAGCCCAUAGAGGUGCCCAACGUCCAACUAAAGACCCUGGAGGUGCCCAAUGUCCAACUGAAGACUUUGGAGGUGCCCAACGUCCAAGUAAAGACCUUGGAGGUGCCCAACAUCCAACUGAAGACUUUGGAGGUGCCCAACGUCCAACUAAAGACCCUGGAGGUGCCCCAGGUCCCCCCGCAGCCCCCCGAGCUGCUCGUGGCAGGGUCCCCCCUAUCGCCAUCCCCACGGGUGGCUCUGGUGGGCUCUGCCGUGGGGCUGCCCCCGGUGCUGCUGCUGCGGGGGGCCGGGGGGGGCCCUGCCCGGCUGCUCCUGCUGCGGGCGCAGCCGGUGCCGGGGCGCAGCGGUGAGGGGCAGCCCCAGGCGCGGGCGGGCGCUGGGGGGGACACGGGGCUCCCGGCCCCGGAGCUGCCCAACGUCCCCCUGGUGCACACCUUCUGAUGGGAGCGCCCCGAGCACUGGGGUCCCAGCGAUGGGGGGGGGAUGGACCCCCAUGGACACCCCAUGGAUACCCCAUGGAUACCCCAUGGACCCCCAUGGAUACCCCAUGGACCCCCAUGGACCCCCAUGGAUACCCCAUGGAUACCCCAUGGACCCCCAUGGAUACCCCAUGGACCCCCAUGGACCCCCAUGGAUACCCCAUGGAUACCCCAUGGACCCCCAUGGAUAGCCCAUGGAUCCCACAUGGAUACCCCAUGGACCCCCAUGGACCCCCAUGGAUACCCCAUGGAUCCCACAUGGAUACCCCAUGGGUACCCCAUGGACCCUCAUGGAUACCCCAUGGAUCCCACAUGGACCCCCAUGGACCCCCAUGGAUACCCCAUGGAUCCCACAUGGAUACCCCAUGGACCCCCAUGGACCCCCAUGGAUACCCCAUGGAGCCCCCAUGGAUACCCCAUGGAUACCCCAUGGACCCUCAUGGAUACCCCAUGGAUCCCACAUGGACCCCCAUGGACCCCCAUGGAUACCCCAUGGAUCCCACAUGGAUACCCCAUGGACCCCCAUGGACCUCCAUGGAUACCCCAUGGAGCCCCCAUGGAUACCCCAUGGAUACCCCAUGGACCCUCAUGGAUACCCCAUGGAUCCCACAUGGACCCCCAUGGACCCCCAUGGAUACCCCAUGGAUCCCACAUGGAUACCCCAUGGACCCCCAUGGACCUCCAUGGAUACCCCAUGGAGCCCCCAUGGAUACCCCAUGGAUACCCCAUGGACCCUCAUGGAUACCCGUGGAUCCCCCAUGGACCCCCAUGGAUACCCCGUGGAUCCCCCAUUGACCCCCAUGGAUACCCCAUGGAUACACCGUGGAUCCCUCAUGGAUACCCCAUGGAUCCCCCAUGAACACCCCAUGGAUACCCCAUGGACCCUCAUGGAUCCCCCAUGUAUCCCCCAUGGAUACCCCAUGGUAUUCCCCCAUGGAUACCCCAUGGACACCCCAUGGACCCCCUAUGAACCCUCAUGGACCCCGUGGCCCCAUCCCAUGAGGGGACGGGCUCCACACCAGGGUCCCACUGAUGUUGGGGAUGGGGACAGACCCCCAUGGAUGCCCCAUGGACCCCCAAUACCCACCAUGGACCCCCAAACCCUCAUGGACCCCCAGAAGCCCUCAUAGACCCCCCCCAUGGACCCCCGUCCCAGCCCCAUCCCAUGGGGGUCCUUGGCCUUGGGGUCCGGGGGUGGGGGCGUGGUCUGAAGGGGGCGUGGUCAAUAAAGGAUGACCCGCCCCCUGCGAUGCUCCUCCCUCCGGGUGGGCGGAGCGUCUCUAGGGGCGGGGCCUGUUGCUAUGGGAAA